UUGUCCGGCGGUCCGUGAAGGCAGCAGCGGUCCUGUGAGGAGCGCAGCAGCUUCCUCCUCCUGUCAGCGCCAUUGUGUGUCAGAGUCUCCGGCAGCUCGGACGGCCCGUGUUUCUGCAGCUGACAGGACUUUAAAUCGCCCUCCAUGUUUCUCUCCCUCCCUCCGGCCCACCUGCACACGAUAUAUGUUCGGUAAAGGUGCGAAGCGGAAGCUGGACGAGGAUGAAGAGGGGCUGGAAGGCAAAACGCUGGAGGCGGCGGUGGCGGGAGGGGGACUAAGCCUCGGCCCAGAGGGCCUGUCUAAGGUUUCCUACACCCUGCAGCGCCAGACCAUCUUCAACAUCUCGCUGAUGAAGCUUUACAGCCAGCGGCCGCUUGGCGAGCCCAGCCUGGAGCGCCGUGUCCUCAUCAACAACAUGUUGCGACGCAUCCAGGAUGAACUCAAGCAGGAGGGCUCACUGCGGCCGCUACUCCUGCCACCGUCGCCACCACCCGAUGACCCCAUGGAUGAGGGCUUCCGUGAGGCGCCGCCCUCCUUUGGGGUUUUAUCAGCAACAGCAGCAGCACAGGUAUCCCAGCCGUCUGCGUUGUUGAUGCCGGCGAUCGCUCCACCGCCUUCACCCCACCCAAUGGUGCCUCCCAACUGCCAGGCAUCCCAAGCAUGUCCCAGCCGUGCAGAGGCCUGCCUUGCCCCUCUGGAAGCCUGCCUCACUCCAGCCUCGUUACUGGAGGAGGAUGGAGGAGAUUCAACCUUUUGUGCUCCAUCCCCACCCACUCCUCCUCUGUCGCCUCCCCCAGCGCAGUCUCCCACAUUACCUUUGGCACUUCUGAGCCAGGUGUCCCCCAGGAUCCCUGUGCCUCCCCCGUCCAGUGACAGUUUCCCCUCCACGCUGGGUGACAUAGAGUUGGGUCCUCCCACAGCCAUAACAAGGACAGCAGCAGCUAAUACUAUGACCGUGACUACCUCCCCAGCUCCCACGCCACUCACCCGGCCCUCCCAGUUAGCACCCCUUUCCCAACUCAGAGACUGCAGGACCAUGGGCUCUAAACCAGAGGCAGCUAGCGUCUUGCUAGCUGAAGCUCGCUGCACCGAGCUCCGGCCAAUGGACACUCUGCCCACACUGCCCCCUGGUGGCUUAGUAGACAUUUCCUCAUGUCCCUCCUCACCUCCUUCCUCUGCCUCACCCUCGGGGUUUCUCUCAGACUUGGCGCUGGACGAUGUCCUGUUUGCCGACAUUGACACGUCCAUGUAUGACUUUGACCCCUGUACAACAACGGGGGCUGUAGGCGUGGCGGCAAGUGGGGGCCUUGCCAAACUGUCACCAGUGGUGACGACAGACGACCUCCUCAAAUCGCUUGCGUCACCAUACAGCGGCUCCGCCCCGCAGGUUUCAGCCAAUCAGCCUUUUAAAAUUGAUCUGACAGAACUGGACCACAUCAUGGAGGUGUUGGUGGGGUCGUGACUCACGGACACCAACACGUCAGAAACCAAGAAGUUUGAUCUGGAGAACAGACUGGAAUGAAAAGUUGGGAUCGCUUUGGGGGUCGUUUUAUAUGUUUGUUUGUUUUUAAACUUUGUUCAAAGAUCGGUAAUUGUAAACAUCGAUGGUGAUGUCAAUUCGUACUACUUUGACAACUACUACUACUACACAACACUGUGCAUGCACUGUGCUCGCCUUUCCAAAUAUGGAAAUGAAGUAACUGGGAAACAAAGACACAAAUACGUUUGUAUUUCUAUACUUGUGAGGACCUCCAUUGACUCCUUUCAUUCCCUAACUAUAAUUUCAACCUAGUCCUAGUUCCAGUCUUUAACCUGAACCUAAGCCUUAACCCCACAGAGUAACUGUAAAUAGACAAAAUAUAGAGGACUGUCACAUUGUCCUCAUUCUCGAGGACUCUGCAGUCAUUAUAUCCUUGUGAGGACUUUUACUUCUCACAGGUAAAGAAAUACAAGUGAACACACACACACACUGAAUCCAUGGCUUUUAGCAGAUGAGUGCCUUUCAAAAUGACCACUUAUUCAAUUCCUGUUUUUUACAGUAUUUUUUUCUUUUCUAGUCUUUUCACUUCAACAGCCUAGCGAGGUCACUCGUCGAUGUUGUUUUUUUUAAAUUAUUGUAUUGUAUUAGAACUAUAAUUAUGGAGGGUAAUUUCUCAUGAUCAAAUAAUAAUUAUUUAAUCUUUAUCUUAUUGUAGAUGCUUUGUUUUAUUUGUUAAGCAAGCAUAAAAAAGGUUUUACGAGAAAGACAUUGUUUUACCAGUGUGCUACAUUACAUAUUAGCUCAGCUUUAUAAUUACGCUUUGGGAUUAGCUCUUAAAAACAUUGCCUAGUUGUUUGUUAAACUGUUGGUUGAAGGAGAUGUCUGUUCUUGUACACAUCUUGUCUAUGAAUUCAGUUCAGGACUUUUUUUUUUUAUUGGCAGACACAUAACUGUGCUGGAUGCUAUUUUACAUGAGCUCGGGCAUAUGGGUUAGUUAUCAUGCUUCAGUUACAGCAGAAUUCAAAUGAGCUACACCCACAGGAAAGCUGGAUGUGUUUACAUGGGAAGCGGAGCAGCGCCAGCACCGACUCUUCCCUCCCAGUCACAUGUAGAUGACCUGAAAAGUGGAACCUAAGCACACACUGUGGGCUCUUAACACAUGUUCAAUCUGGACCCAAAACAACGAGCACAGAUUGCAGGGGAAGUCACUGUGGCUCCAGAGUGACUCCGUGGAAUUUCUUAGAAUCACACAAAGAAAGUUGAUAUUUUUGUGGAAAAUGUCUUAUUUCUGGUUUGGGUCACAUGGAAUUAGCAUCAUGAGUGACAGACAAAUUACAGCACAGCAUACAGUAUUACACACACGCUGUAUAUGCAGAGUAUGUUUACCUAUGUCAAGAAUGGGAGCUCUAAAUGCCAAAUCUCAGAGCUCCUCUGUACAUCGUGCACCACAGUGCUGAGGCUGACCACAGAGCUCAUUGAUGAUUUAAACACAUACGAUAACAGGAGGGCUAAAUCCAUCUCGUAAAUAAUUUGAAUGUGUAUUUCCACUGAGGUAGGAAACUCAAUCUGCAACCAUGCAAAAGACUCUAAACGCAACCUCCCCUGCACACAGCCUUAUGCAUGAUAUUUAGAACUAAAUGACUAAAUGUGAUUGCAAAGUCCAGCAUCGCAGAUAAUGGUCUCAUUAGAAUCUUAAAGUAUCUAUAUUAGGUAUAAAUUCUGUACUAGUCAAAUGCUGUGUCCACGAUUGAGCCUUUUCUUUGGAAUGCUAUCGGUUAAAACUGAAACUCCUUUUCACACACAUUUCCUUACUCGAGUCACACAUGUGGAUAUUGGCUGUGAUGCUUACUGGAUAAAAAUGCAUGGAGGUGCUUGUGGGGCAGGGACAAAAGGCUGAGAACUGCUGUGUCACCCAAGGCCCGAUCAGAUGCCGCGCUGCCUUUUUUUCUUUCGUGGAAGCCAACACUUUCAAAAAAAUAGAGCAAUGCAGGGCUUUUUUUUUUUUUUUCUUCUGUUGCUAGGCAACCAUCAAAUCACCUGUCUUAGGUAUAACAGAUUUUGUUGUGAAGUAAACUCACAGAUCUAUGCAUGAUAUUUAAAUGUAUAAGCUACAGGCAGAGGGGACCCGCUCUGGCUCCUAUAGAGGAUGAAGGGCUGCUUUUGAAUAAUAUGCUCAGCAUAGGGAGACGAAUCAGAAAAGACUAACUUUAUGCAAGCGAUACCAUUUGUACAGUUAAAAUAAAUGAAAUCAACUCACCUGAAAUGUUAAGCACAGCACCAACUUGAAUCCACGCCUGCUGUUUUCUGUGCCACAGCCACCUCUAGUUUCUCCUCCAUCAAUGCUGUUUCCAAUCAAAGGCAUGCAAUUCUAAAUUUAUCAGAUUGGACAACAGGCAUAAUUUACAAGCAACCCAUUCUGAAAUGGGCAAACACAGCUGUAUGUUGACUGUAAGAAAAGGCGUGAAGUGGACACAAGCGUUUGCUAUCUGCAGAUGUAAAAUUCUUUUCAAAGUCAAAGCAGUUGCGGAACCACGAGGUACUUCAGAUUUUAACCAUCUUCAAAUUGUAUUCCAAAGUUUCUACAACAAAACAAAAAGAAUACAAUAUUAAAAAAAGACAGAAGCAAUGACUUAGCAGCUCCUCUCUUGUACAGUAAUUAAGCAGUGCAAUCAGAUUUUAAGGCUCUAAAUUUACCCUGGGAUUCUUUUAUUCUAGGAUCAGUCGUCAUUCAUGUUCAAUGCAUUUCAGCUGUUGGCUGAAUAUUUGUGCAAAGCAGGGUCUUUUCAAAGCUGCAUUCAUUGAUAUUUUUGUGCUAUUUCUUAAUGUAUUACCACUUGUGUUACGAUAUAUUGCUUGUUAACUAAUACACAUUAAUGUUAAUUUAUUCCCAUGUCUCUUGCCACCUGGUAACUUACUUUCCUUUUUGCUCCUUUGUGGUCUCCAUGAACGCCCGAAGGAAACACUAGCUGGUACAUGAAUGCUCCUCUAUGCCCACCCGCUAAUCUCUAGAUUUCUCUGCAAGUGGUUGCUUUUAGAUAGUUUAUCAGAGCUUUUUCAAUAAAAGCAACUCCCAGAGCGAUGAGCUAAAAGUAACUGAAUGUUCCUUCUAAUGAAGCGAAACUGAAAGUUGUGCAAGUUUAUUACUGUAAACAACAUCUUGCACAUCAUGCAUUAUAGUUUUUCUAUGAAUAUAAACAUAUUAAUGAAUGCAGCUUUAAUGUGCACAUUGCAUCUACAUUUGUUUGGAUAUUCACAGCAAUAUAAGACAGAUACACCUUAGACUGACACAACACAUGGUCCUGAAAAGCAGGGUUUCUCACCAACAGCUUUUUAUUUUACGUCACAAAAUAUUAAGUAACUAUUAAACACAAGAAACCCUCAACGCCUCUGUGUCUCUCAGCACAGCCUUUCCAUGGUGUAAAACGGUCUGAUAAUGGUAUUUCUAGCAGAGGUCCCAGCUGGUGGGACUCAGUAGUUGUUAAUGGGACAGAAUGUGUUAUCUGCAUUACAGCCUGACUCAUCUUCCUGUGGCAGCCAACAGCACUGAGGCUUUAAAACUCAAACAGUGGAGAAUCAUUGGUUCAUGAGUUCCCAGACUAUUGACACUUGACCUCAGCUCGUAUGUGUAUGACCUGCAAUGAACUGAAUUCAGAGUGUGUGAGCCGAGCAGACAGCAGCACCAACUCAUGUUGUGUAUAGACGACUGUGUCUUGUUUCUUUCACUGUUUGAAUUUUGGAGUGCUUGUUUUUUUUUUUUUUUUUUUAGUUAUUUAUUCAUAUAGUUUUUUUUUUCUUUUUUGUGUAAAUAUAUUUAUUUUGGAUGUGAAGUGAACAUUUGGAUUGUAAAUGCGUGUACAGAAUGUGUGGUAGGAAUGUACUUCAGAUAGGAAUGUAUCUGAGUGUGGAAUUAUGGGUGGAAGCCAUUUUUUUUAUAUACAUCGGUAGUUAUAUUAUCUUGUUUAUUUGUUUGUUUGUUGCUACGUUAUUGAUUUUUUUUUUUGUGGGUCGGCAGCCACAACUUUUUACACCUUUUUGUACUCGUCUUUUUUUUGUUAAUCAGUUUUUCCAGUUGAAGGCGAACAGUUAAUGCAGCAAUACUCAAAAACCCGUCUCCAACCUUCAGAUGUCAAGACUCCAAAGCCUGUCAUAGACGCUUCAAUGCCAAAAGUAAUGUACAUAGUAUGAACAACAUUCGAGCUCCUGAGACUUUUUUGAUCAGUGUUUGUUACCGAACCUGUUGAGUCAGCCGGGGGAAGACUGAGCACGGUCGAGGCUGACUCUAUACGAAGGCUGUAUUUUACACAGACCUCAGAGCUGUGCCUUUUUCUAUGCAAUAGAACACAGAGAGAGAAACUAUCAGCUGAUCACUGUAUUGGCAUCUAAAUGUCGACUGCAUACACAUUGGUAUAUGUACAGUCCACAUUUGAAUCCUGAUAUAUAUACAUGUAUAUAUGAGAUAAAUGGACAGCUGUCUGUGAAUUUAAAACAGUCUUACUUUUGUAGUUUUAUAUAUAUAUAUAUAUAAAUAUAUAUAUAUACAAUAAACUGUAAAAAGAG